AUGAAGGAUCCACCGAAGUGCGAAGAUGUGGCUGACAAACUUGUGAGGCUGUUCGGCUGGAGGCAAACGUACCCGGUGCAGAAGUUGCAGAAGAAUUUGAUACCCAAGCCAACGGAUCGGGGUCCAGAAACAUGGGUUGGGGUACGAGCACUCCGCGCCAGUUCAGGGGGUAUAUUAGACCCAGAUGAUCGUGUUUGUGACGUGGCCGAUGACCGAGAGACUCUAACAGCAGAAUGUACUAAUCAGGCACCGCAGCCAAGGGCAGCACAAGCAGAUGGAGCAAGUGGCUCAUCAGCAGGGACCGCCUCCCCUGAUAUGUUUCGGGGUGGAGGUGGUGUAGGAGGUAGCAUGCGUGUUCCCAACACAGACUCUUGUGUGGAAGUCGGUGCUGCUGACUUAGAAGAUGGUGCUAAUGGUCUACAAGUGCGACGGGGCAGUGAACCCACAUUACACCAGGAUACUCUUCCUCCACAAAUACAGGUUACAGAUCAAACCAAACGUUGGUCGGCGGCAGUGGUGUGUCGGGAUGACCACACACACCGAGCGUUAGAUCGACCUGAACCUCCACAUCCACCAGAUAAACACUCACACUUUCAGAGACAGACCAAUCGCCUCUCCAUGCAAUUCUCUGGACCAGGGAGUGGAGUAUGGAUGGAGGCAGCUGAAAGAGUUCAGAUAUACGGCAGCAAGAGUCUACCGAGAGACGCUAGACGUGAGCCUCUCGGUCAGGACACCACCAGUGAACCUAAUAACAGGGUAGAAGAUAUGCUGCGCUGGGUUUCUGGUGUUAAUAAUGUAGUGAAUGUCCAUCCAGUACAAGAGAGACCGCUAGAUCUAUUACCAGAAGUGCGACCCAGUGAACGCGCCAUAUCCGGAAUGGAGGUGCCAGUGAGUCCUAGCACCAAGGCCACUAAUGGAGCGACGCAGAGCGUCUCCGUGUCACUUGUGAAAGGGGAGAAAGGGCUAGGUUUCACUAUUACUACGCGAGACAAUCCCACCGGCGGACAUUGCCCCAUUUAUAUCAAGAAUAUAUUGCCUAAGGGCGCAGCAGUGACGGACGGUAGAUUACGUGCGGGCGAUAAGCUGCUAUCGGUCAACAGCGUAUCUGUAUCUGGUCUUACGCAGCAACAAGUUGUCGCACUCUUGCGCAACACGCCUACUGAUUCCACAGUUAACAUACUCGUUGAGAGAACGCUGCCUAAUCGGACACAGAGGGUUGAACCUCAACAAAGUCCCACGAAGUACGUAGAAAAGGCGAUAGGGGCGCCACCGAAGCCAGCGGAAUCUGAACGGUCAGUGGAGAACGGCAGAGUAUCAAGCAUCGUCAACGCCAUCAAUGCCAACAGCAAUAGCGCUAACAGUUCUGUCCGAGGAAGGGUUUCCAAGAGCUCUUCGAAAGAUGACCUUAUGAAGGAACAUUCCUUAGAUGUUGCUCUUCAAGAGGCUCUAAAUUCAUCGAAUGGAUCGGUGACGAACCUCCGAAAUCGUCUCAUUCUCCGAUUGGAAGUACCAGUGCACGAGUCAGAGAAAGCGGGCCUCGGUAUCAGCGUCAAGGGCAAAGUCACAGCUACGCCUAAGCCUCACGAUUUGGGAAUCUUUAUCAAAUCCGUGCUGCAUGGUGGUGCGGCGUCUAGAGAUGGAAGAUUACACACAAACGACCAACUUCUCAGUGUGAACGGCGUGUCGCUCGUGGGUCAAUCUAACGCUGAAGCGAUGGAGACGUUAAGGCGUGCGCUGCUGCAUUCGCGGCCAAACCUUCACGGAACGAUCUCUCUUACAAUUGCUAGAAGAACUGACAGUAUGGACAGCCUGGCGAGGUGGAAGGACGACACUCCGCCGAACGGCAACGACACGACAAACAGCAACGAGAACUCGCAGAAUUUCAACACAGUCAUCUACAACAGCGACAAGGAGAACAAACCCAUCGACAUACAGAACAACAACUACGACAAGAAACAUACAUCCGUCAUCACGAUUAACAACAACAGCUGGAUAUCCAAUCAAUCGGACGACAGCAAAGGUUAUCUAGAAAGGGACAAAGAUACGAUACCACACGAUAGCAAGCGAGAUAGCUUUGAGUGGAGCCGGUUGGACGGUUGGAAUCCAGUGAUAGACAGAUUGACGGGUUUGAGGAACGAGAGCUACUAUAUGGCGACUCAAAUGGAUGCUCCAGCGAAUGGGCAUCUAAGGCAUAACAUGGGACAUGUGCAUAUGUCCCGAUCGCCGCCUGCGCAUCAUAAUGUCAUUAUUGAAGAGGAUUAUGGUACUAGGGGCAGUGUCGGUGGCGAGUCAGGCAGUGAAUGCGGCGCAGGCGCAGGUACGAAUGGAGCCGGUUUCAGUCGCGACGCAGUAGGACGGCGUUCGAUGUCCGAGAAAAGGCAUGCUGCACUGGACGCUAAAACUACGGGGACUUACAAGAAGAUAAAAGAAAUUAAAGCGAGUGCUGUACCAGUGGGCCCAUCGUUGGGAAUGCGAAAGUCAUCUAGUCUAGAGUCUUUACAGACAGCCAUACAUGAGAAGCAAAGGAAUCCUCGCAACGAACCGAUCUAUGCGCGAGCGCACCCACCGUUGAAACAUUGGCUGACCGACGACAACAACGCCCCGGAGAUCAUCCGCGGUUCUCCGCAGCAAUCGUCGCUCUCCACCAAGAAACCCUCCUUGCUCAAGUCUUUGUCCACCAUGUUCAGGAUCGGAAAACCUCAUAAGAAAGAGAACGACGUGUACGGGAGGUCGACACCGGCCAGGUCUUCAGAGAAGUCGUUGUCGCGGGACGCACUAGAGAGGCACAAUAGAAUCGACGAGCGGAUAGAAGACGCGCAGUUACAUAGGGAGGAACUUCGUGCGAGACAGACAAGCGAACGAAGCACGCGAUCCGAGCGACGCAAUGCACCCGCCAUACAGGCAAUGGAGAGCGCAUGGGGCCCAACAGGGCAUUACGUCAACUACGAAGAAAUUCAACAGAACUUGAACGCUCGCAGGGAGAAGCUAAGCGAAGUUCAAAUCGGCCAAAUGAGGAGACAGGUGCACGCGCAGAGGGCCAAAGCUGAGGAAGAAAGCCGUCGCGUCGGUGUCUCCAGCGUCAGUCAUUCCCAGCGCUCCUGUAGAGAUCGCGAGCUACCACGACCGCAUUCCAAUUACUACGAAUAUGAAGCCGCACCGCCCCGGAGGCCUGGAAAACUCUCGCAUUAUCACUAG